CUCUACUCAUCAACAAUGGAACCCAAAAUAAUCUCACUCUUUAUCUCUUCAUUAUCAUGAAUCAUGAUCCUUACUCUUCACUAUUUAAAAUUUUUACUUAUAGCAACGAAUCUUUCCUCUUUUUGUUUUUUCUUUGCUCUUGUUAAUAAAUUUUGUUUAAUUAGCAAUUAAUUUUGGUUUUUCUCAAAUUGAUUGCAAGUAAUUAUAAGUUGUUAAUUAUUAUUACUUGCAAGAGAGGAGAGGAGAGGAAGAAAAAAAACAUGCAUCGAUUAGGAGUGAAAAGUAACUUGAGAGAUUCCGGUUCGGAGAUAGCGAAACUAAGGUUUGGAGGUGGUGGUGGUCGUGUGGAGGAAGCACCACCAGCUUGUCCAAAACCUCGCAGGCUGGGUGCUGGUUUGCCAGAUUUUCUAAAACUUCAUAAAUGUACCAAACACAGCCAAGUGAGUACAGAUGGAAGAAGUGAAAUUCUCAAUAUGAUAGCUUCUGCAAACAAGGUUGAGGAAACGAUAGAAUCAGGGUGUACAGGGUGCUCACAGUUGUGUUAUGUUGGAUCACCUCCGAGUAGAUCAGAUAAUCCAUUGGUUCACGAUGUCGAGUUCAUUCAUCAGAUGGAACUUUUAUCACCAUUUACACGGUCAAAGUUGUCGGCCAUUACGUCCGGUUCUCCAUCUUAAUAUCUUCCUCCUUGUGUAAAUAAAGAAAUCGAUACCACGAUAACAUAACUAAACGCCAGCAGCUUCAAUUGAGCCUUUCAUUUUCUCGUUAAUCCUGUGUGGUACGUGAUUCUUCGUCGUAGUUAUUAGUAUUGAGAACUGAGUUACUUACAAAUAUUUUGGUGCAAUUUUGUAAAUAUUAUGCCCAAAACGGCCCUUUUGUAUAUAUACAUUCUGUUGUUUAUGACAUAUU